AUGCAAACACAACAAACAGCUUAUCAGAUAAACGUUCCUGAUCGCAUCGCAAACACUGCACAACCACCCCUCCUCAUGCUAUGCCACCGUGUUCUCGCCAGACGCCCUGCUAGAAUUUUGUCUACGGCUCUGUCCGUAUCAAUUGCAACCAUGUCGACCACCACCACCCCAGCCCACAAACCCAUGCCCUCUGCAUUAACUUUUGAUCGACACGCCAAAUGCUCGACCACCAAGGCCCGUGCUAGUACCCUUCACCUGCCUCAUGGCUCGGUCCCUUUGCCAAUUUUCAUGCCCGUCGCGACACAGGCAUCUCUUAAGGGCUUGACGUACGACCAGUUGCGCGAAACAGGAUGCAUGCUCUGCUUGAAUAAUACAUAUCACCUGGGCCUGAAGCCUGGUCAGGCAGUACUAGAUGCAGUGGGUGGAGCGCAUAAGUUACAAGGCUGGGAUCGCAAUCUCUUGACCGAUAGUGGGGGUUUCCAAAUGGUGUCACUUCUUCAGUUGGCCACUGUCACAGAGGAAGGAGUGCGAUUCCUCAGCCCGCACGAUGGUUCGCCAAUGUUACUGACCCCCGAACAUUCGAUCUCCCUCCAAAACUCUAUCGGAUCUGAUAUUAUCAUGCAAUUAGAUGAUGUGAUUGCUACCACUUCGCCAGAUCAUGCUCGCAUCAAGGAGGCUAUGGAACGCUCUGUGCGAUGGCUAGAUCGCUGCAUUGAAGAACACAAAUAUCCUGAGCGCCAAAAUCUUUUUUGUAUCAUUCAAGGUGGUCUGGAUCUAGAAUUGCGAAAACAGUGCUGUGAGGAGAUGGUAGCGCGUGAUACCCCGGGAAUCGCCAUCGGAGGUUUAUCCGGAGGUGAAGCGAAGGAAGAGUUCUGCAAAGUAGUGGAUACGUGCACUGGAAUCCUCCCGGAACACAAACCCCGAUACGUCAUGGGCGUGGGAUAUCCCGAAGAUAUCGUUGUCGCAGUGGCUCUCGGUGCAGAUAUGUUUGACUGUGUUUGGCCGACACGGACGGCGCGAUUCGGCGAUGCCAUCGUUUCUUCCGGUACUCUUAAGCUAAGCCACAAAUCGUUUGUCGAUGAUUUCAGACCAGUUGAAGAAGGCUGCACAUGUACUUGCUGCCGUCCAACUGACCAAGGUGGUCUUGGGCUCACACGAGCAUACAUGCACCAUAUCACAGCUAAAGAGACUGUUGGAGCUCACCUACUGACCAUUCAUAAUGUUCACUACAUGUUGACCUUGAUGGGGAGAAUCCGACAGGCCAUUCUCGAUGAUCAAUAUCCGGCUUUCAUUCGCAAGUUCUUCUUUGAUAUCUACGGAGACGACAAAUCGAAAUUACCUAAGUGGGCAGUGGGUGCUCUGCGGGGAGUUGGAGUUGACUUGUUGGCAGAUUCAUGA